UUUGUUUGUUGUGAAACAAGAAUGGCAGAAGCUAAUACUCACAUAGAAGAGGACCAGAUUAUCUGUCCAAUGUGUCUGGAUUUACUGAAGGAUGCAGUCACCACUGCAUGUGGACACAGUUACUGUAUGCAGUGUAUUAAUAACUACUGGAAUCAGAGUGAUCAUACGAGUGUCUACAGCUGCCCCCAGUGCAGAGAGACUUUUAACCCAAGGCCUGUUCUGCGCAAAAACACUGUGCUGGCUGAAGUUGUUGGAGAAUUCAAGAAGAGAAGACUCAAUCCUCCUCCUGCUCAAAGUUAUGCUGGACUUGGAGAUGUGCCGUGUGAUGUCUGCAGUGGGAGUUCAAAGUUCAAAGCUGUGAAAUCCUGUUUGACGUGCCUGGCCUCUUACUGUAAAACACACAUCAAGACACACUAUGAGGGUGCUGCUUUCAAGAGGCACAAGCUGAUCAAUGCAAUUGGAAAUCUGGAGCAGAAGCUUUGUGCUGAACACCAAAAGGUUUUGGAGGUCUUUUGUAGAACUGAUCAGACUUGUAUUUGUUUGUUGUGUGCAGACAAGGAACACUGGAGCCAUGAUACUGUCUCAACUGAGACAGAAAGGACUGGGAAACAGAAGCAGCUGGGAGAUACACAGACAGAAAUACAACAGAGAAUCCAGGAGAGACUGAAAAAAGUGAAGGAGCUGAAACAGGCUGUGGAGUCACUGAAAAGAUCUGCAUGGAGAGAAAUGCAGGCCAGUGACAAGAUCUUUACUGAGCUGAUCCGAUCCAUUGAGAAGAUCCACACUGAGGUUAUUGAGCUGAUUGGAGCUAACGAGAAGGCUGCAGUGAAUCAGGCUGAAGGACUCAUGAAGAAACUGGAGCAGGAGAUUGCUGAGCUAAGGAGGAGAAACACUGAGCUGAAACAGCUUUCAGAGACAGAGGAUCACAUCCAUUUUCUACAGAAUUUCCAGUCUCUCUGUGCCCCUCCUGAAGCUGGAGACUUACCCAGCGUUACUGUCAAUACAGAUUACUCUUUUGGGGCUGUGAGGAAAGCUGUAUCUGAACUUAAAGAUCAUAUUGAGGACUUCUGCAAGGGGGAAUUAGUCAAAAUAACCACAACAGUGAAUGCAGUUCCAGUUUACAGUCUGCAGGCUCCAGAACCAAGGAACAGAGCUGACUUUUUAAAAUAUUCCUGUCGGCUCACACUGGACCCCAACACGGUGCAUAGCAAGCUCUGGCUUUCUAAAGGGAAUAGAGAGGUGACACUGAGGACAGAAAUCCAGCCCUAUCCUGAUCACCCAGAGAGAUUUGACAGUUACUGGCAAGUGCUUUGCAGAGAGGGUUUGUCUGGGACUCGCUGUUACUGGGAGAUUGAGUGGUGUGGAAACGGGACUAUUAUAGGAGUCACAUAUAAAGGAAUCAACAGGAAAGGUAAAGAUGUUUCCUGCAUCCUUGGCUACAGUGACAAGACAUGGAGUUUGCGGUGCUCUGGCUCCAGUUACUCUGCCCGACACAAUUACAAGAAAACUGCAAUAACUGCCCCCUACUCACCUACAAUAGGAGUGUAUCUGGACUGUCCUGCCGGCACUCUAUCAUUUUAUGGAGUCUCUGACACAAUGACCCUCCUGCACAGAUUCCAAACCACAUUCACUGAGCCGCUCUACCCUGGGGUUUGGGUAGAUGAUAAUUCCACAGUAACAAUCCAUCGUCAGGCUCUCUGUCUCACUGCAGCAGAAAUGGCAGAAGCUAAUAUUCAGGUAGCAGAGGAGCAGUUUAAGUGUUCAGUGUGUCUGGAUAUAUUCGAGCACCCUGUCACUAUUCCAUGUGGACACAGUUUCUGUAUGAAGUGUAUUAAGAACUACUGGCAUAUUUGCGAUCAGUACAGGUGCCCCCACUGCAGACAACUUUUUAACCAAAAGCCUGUUCUUGGGAAAAACAUCAUUCUGGUUGAGUUUGUGGAGAAUUUCAAGAAGGCAAAGCUCAAUCCUCGCAGUUACGCUGGUCCUGGAGAUGUGCCGUGUGAUUUCUGUACUGGAAGAAAGAUAAAAGCUGUGAAAUCCUGUUUGACGUGCCUGGCCUCUUACUGUAAAAAGCACAUCAAGUCUCACAGUGAAGUUGCUGCUUUCAAGAGGCACAAACUGGUCAAUGCAAUUGCAAAUCUGGAGCAGAAGCUUUGUGCUGAACAUCACAGAGUUUUGGACGGGUUCUGUAGAAAUGAUAAGACAUGCAUUUGCUGGUUUUGUACUGACAAGGAACACAAGAGCCAUGAUACAGUCUCCGCUGAGACAGAAAGGAUAGAGAUACAGGAGCAGCUGGGGGAGACACAGACAGAAAUACAGCAGAGAAUCCAGAAGAGACUGGGGGAACAGCUGGAGCUGAAGAAGAAUGUGGAAUUGUACAAACUCGAUGUGAACAGAGAGGUAGUGGAAAGUGAAAAGAUCUUUGAUGAACUGAUUCAACCCAUUGUGAAGAUCCGGCACGAGGUUAUUGGGAUGAUUCGAGACAUUGAGAAAAAGGAACUAACAAAGAGUGAAGAACCCACCAAGAAACUGGAGCAGGAGAUUGCUGAGCUGAAGAGGAGAAACACUGAUCUGAAACAGCUUUCAGAGACAGAGGAUCACAUCCAUUUUCUACAGCAUAUUCACUCAGUUAUUGCCCUUCCUGAAGCUGAAGAUAUACCCGGCUUCACUGUCGAUAAGGAUAUCUCUUUCGGGACUGUGAGGAAAGCAGCAGCUGAACUGAAGGGUCGCAUUCAGGACAUGUGCAAGGGGGAGCUAGCCAUGAUAACAAAAGCAGUGAAUGAAGUAGCAGUUCAGCAGAGUCUACUGCCUCCAGAGCCAAUGGACCGAGCGGAGUUAUUGAACUAUUCCUGUGAGCUCACAUUGGACCCCAACACAGUGAACAGGGUGCUGUGGCUGCAUGAAGGGAACAGAAAGGUGACAUGGGGGAGUACAAUGACCCAACCAUAUCUUGAGCACCCAGACAGAUUUGACUACUGGCCCCAAGUGCUUUGUAAGGAGGGGUUGUUUGGGACUCGCUGUUACUGGGAGAUUGAGUGGAUUGGGGAGGGGGCUUAUAUAGGGGUCACAUAUAAAGGAAUCAGCAGGAAAGGAGAUGAUGUUUCCAGGAUCUUUGGCUGCAAUGAUAAGUCCUGGAGUUUACAAUGCUCUGUUUCCAGUUACUCUGCCUGUCACAAUUACAGGGAAACUGUAAUAACAGCCCCUCGCUCCCCCAGAAUAGGAGUGUAUCUGGACUGUCCUGCCGGCACUCUGUCAUUUUAUGGAGUCUCUGACACAAUGACCCUCCUGCACAGAUUCCAAGCCACAUUCACUGAGCCGCUCUAUUCGGGCUUUGGAGUUACCUGCAACUCCACUGUAACAAUCCUGAGAGCUGAAGUAGACUUAUAAUAAUGCAUAAGUGGCACCCCGACAUUUUUCAAAUUAAAAUAUCCCCUUCAAAGCCCUAAUGCUAAUGAUCUAAACAGUGACAUAAACCUGAGCCCAGAAACCGAUUUGUGCAGUGUGGUAAAUAAGAGGAUCUAGAAUAGAGAAAACAACAGAGACAAACUGUCAUGUAGGGAUUCCAUCACCAGGUUUGAACAAGCAGUCAGUUUUUCCUACAACAGUAGAAAUUGAAUUUGGUAGAAGACAGUAUUAUGCUUCUUACUUUCAAUGCUAUUAUGUUCCUUGCCUGUUCUAGUUUCCAAUCGACGCUGUCUCAAGCCUUGCAGCUCAUUGUCAAUUGGAAUGUUACUAUGAUUUAACAGAUAAAAGUAGUUCUGUUUGCAUUAUGCGAUAGCAAUGCAGUAUAAUCAAUCACUGUAUAAUUCAUAACAGAAUCUAAUUAUAUUUCGAUAAUUACGUUUAGUUCAAGGAGGCUUUUCACAGCACUAGAAAGAUGAUAUUCCCACUCCAGGGCCCUGCACAGUAUAUGGUGACAUGUCAAGUAAAAUGACAGCCCUGACGACUGGUCUUGUCUACAGUGAUGUGUGGGAGUUACACUGUCACUAUGGGUUAUUGAUUAGCAUCAUCUAUUCCUGGACCAGGUGCUACUUCAUGUCUUAUUGUAACUCUGUAUUACAGCUAUGCUGCUGUGCCAGUAUAACAUGCAAAACAAAACUGCAUUGUGGACUGGAAACAAUGACAUUCUGAGAGGGUUAUUUUAGGAGGGUUUAUUAAACAUUUCCAAUUGUAUUUAGAAAGAAAUCAUGACAGAAUACCAAGAAAGCAUGUUGGUAAUCUUAUGGGUAUGUUUGUAAUCCUAGGCUGUAUUAUUUCCAGUUAUUUUAUGGUUUUGUUAGUUGAUGCUGCUCUUCAGUGCUGCGGGUAGUUUUUUUUUUUUUAUAGAUCAUGUCAUGUAGAAAUAGGCUUGUGAUAAGAACACAACGCUUUUUAUGUUAGAUCAUUAUAUAUAAUCAUUGUAUUGAUUGUGGGGAUUUCCAACUCGGCUUCAAGAUGAAAUACAGCUGCAGGUGCUGUAUGCCAUUCAACUUGUUUAAAACAACAGCACCCUUUCUAUCAGCUCACUGCUUUAUACCACUGGACCCUCUUUCUAUCAGCUCAGUGCUUUAUACCAUCCGACCUGUAUAAAACAACAGCACCCAUUCUAUCAGCUCACUGCUUUAUACCAUCUGACCUGUAUAAAACAACAGCACCCUUUCUAUCAGCUCAGUGCUUUAUACCAUCAGACCUGUAUAAAACAACAGCAGCCUUUCUAUCAGCUCACUGCUUUAUACCAUCCAACCUGUAUAAAACAACAGCACCCUUUCUAUCAGCUCACUGCUUUAUACUAUCCAACCUGUAUAAAACAACAGCACCCUUUCUAUCAGCUCACUGCUUUAUACCAUCCGACCUGUAUAAAACAACAGCACCCUUUCUAUCAGCUCACUGCUUUAUACCAUCCGACCUGUAUAAAACAACAGCACCCAUUCUAUCAGCUCACUGCUUUAUACCACUGGACCCUCUUUCUAUCAGCUCACUGCUUUAUACCAUCCGACCUGUUUAAAACAACAGCACCCUUUCUAUCAGCUCACGGCUUUAUAUUAUCCAACCUGUAUAAAACAGCAGCAGCCUUUCUAUCAAUAUUUUGUAAACCACUGCUCUUUAUCACUUAAAUUAAUCAGGUCUGUGUAACAAAGAGACAUCUGUCUGUAGCUGUACAUUGGGUCUUAUCACUCUGUCAAUCACAGAGUCUUUAUUAGGAACCACAAAUUAAUUUACUGAAACAGUUAUCCGUUGUGAUAUUUCAGAGUCCAAAUUCAGUAUAAAAUGUUGUAUUUGAAUGAUGUUUUAAAAAAUGCAUUCCAUAUUGCACAGCAUUUCGUGUAUCAGUUGUUUUACAUCUUAAGUUUAGUCAUGCAAUGCAACAUCUGUUCAAUAGAGAGCAGAAUAUGUAUUGUCUUGGCUUUGUGCUUUUAUGCUUUCAACGUGUAGCUUUGUAAUCCUGUGGAUUGAAACGUGUGUAUGUCCUUGUCAAGUGGAUGUUUUCUGUAAAAUAAAACA